CGCCGCCGGUUGGGACGCGGGGGCCCGAGCUGCAGCGGGGCUGGCCGAGAUGGCCGCGUGGAGCGAGCGGCUGGCCGGCGUGCGCGGGGUGCUGCUGGACAUCUCUGGCGUGUUAUACGACGGUGGUGAGGGCGGUGGCGCGGCGAUCGCCGGCUCCGUGGAGGCGGUGGCGAGACUGAAGCGGUCCCGACUGAAGGUCAGGUUCUGCACCAACGAGUCGCAGAAGUCGCGGGUGGAUCUGGUGGGGCUGCUGCGACGGCUGGGCUUCGACGUCUCCGAGGGCGAGGUGACCGCCCCGGCCCCCGCCGCCUGCCUGAUCCUGAAGCAGCGAGGUCUGCGGCCACACCUGCUUGUCCAUGACGACGCCGGAGAAGGCUUUUCUUAUCGAAACAUGAAUAAAGCUUUCCAGGUGCUCAUGGAGCUGGAAAAGCCCGUGCUCUUCUCACUGGGAAAAGGACGCUACUACAAGGAGACCUCUGGCCUGAUGCUGGACGUCGGUCCCUACAUGAAGGCACUUGAGUAUGCCUGUGGUAUCAAAGCCGAGGUGGUGGGAAAGCCUUCCCCCGAGUUUUUCAAGUCCGCCCUGCAAGAGAUGGGAGUGGAAGCCCACGAGGCAUGA